GGUCACAAGGCAGGCAGCAUGAACGCAUCAAGCAUAGAUUAAUGGCUCCGAAGAUGACAUCACAAUGAUACGCUAUGCUAUUCUGGAUUCCUCUGGCCUAAAUAAAGAACCACCAACUAGUCAUGAACCUUCCCUUAAGAGACUCUCAGGCGUUUUUCUCCAUGGCCAGCAUAGACCGACCUCAGCCACCUCUUCCUGAGAACAUGUAACAGCUGAGACACUGGGCUGGUUCAGAAGGUGUGUGUGGGACAGUGAGGACAGAGGGAUUGGACAGGUCUUUUUCUUUUUCUUACAUAUACGUGCUAAUGGACGAAUGCCAGGCAGGAACAUGUUGAGGACGAGACAUGGAGCCGGUGAGAGAUUUCUCUACAGUGUUUUUUGGCACAACCGUUGACUUUAUAAGGAGGGGUUGAUAUUUUUGUGAACUCCUGGCAAUGAAGGUCCUUGUACACGUUUAACCACGUACUGUGAUCUCCUCCCUGUUUUCUCCUCCUCCCUCUCACUGCUAACUAAGAGAGAAUUUAAGAGGGCAGCUAGAGGUGAGCCUGCAGGUACACGGCGAGCAUCUGAACAGAUCGGAUCAGAACCAUGCAGGCUCUUUUGCUCUUCUGCUUGUGCUUUGGAGUUUUAGCUGUGGACGGACAAGGGCUGAAGAAUGAUCUGGAUUCACUCAUCGCAUUGUUACCUGAGACUGAUGUUUCAUCCUCACAGCAUCAACCGGUGGAUUCUUCUUCAUCAUCAAGUGAAAGGGGAGCCAAUCAAGCACAAAGAACGGGGCAAUCGAGCGACACUUCCACAGACACACAGUCAGUUUUGGGGCGAGUUGAGGCCGUGUGGGUGGAGCUCAAUGCUGUGUUGAAGAGAUGGGGUGGCGCAGCAGGGAAACUAAACACAUUCUUGAGGGAACUCAGAGAGGAGAAAAAACGGCUCAUGGAUCAAGGGGAAGAGCAGAAACCAAAGGAAAAGAAAAAGGAAGAGGAUGAAGAUGAAGAAGAAGAUGAAGAAGAAGAGGAGGAGGAGGAGGAGGAGGAAGAAGAAGAAGAAGAGGAGGAGGAGGAAGAGGGAAAGGAAGAAGAGGAAGCCAAAGAGGAGGAGAAUGAUGCUUCCAACAGCACCCUGACCCGAGAUGGUUUCUUAGACUCGUUACCAGAAGGCUGCCAAUUGGAAGGAACUAGAAUAUCCUGCAAGCAGAUUGGCUUGUCCCACCUGCCCGUCAUCACGAACCUGGAAGUCACCAUACUUGAACUUCCUGGGAAUAACUUAACAAGAAUUCCUCCCCGUGGUUUUUCCGGACUGCCAAAUCUCGAAGAGCUUGACCUAAGUUUGAACAUGCUGGACGACUCCUCUUUCGACCUAAGUCUCUUUAUGAAUCUGACAAAUCUGAAAACUCUGAAACUUGACGGCAAUGAACUUACAACAAUUCCACGCUUGCCAUCUUCUUUGGAGAAUCUAAAGAUAAACAGCAAUAAAAUAAACCAACUGGCUUCACACAGCUUCAAAGGCUUGACUAACCUACAAGUCUUAGAACUGACAGGAAACAUCCUCUAUGAGGGCAGUAUUGCACCCCGGGCUUUCAAACCACUGAAGGCACUUAAGUAUUUACGAUUGGAUAAAAACAGAUUCAGUUCCAUUCCAGCGGGAUUACCCCCAUCUUUAGAGGACUUAAGGUUGCAGGAAAAUCAAAUAGUGGAGGUGCAUGACAGGCUUCUGGAUAAGAGUGUCCACCUGAAGGUAUUAGAUCUCAGUCACAACCUCCUGAAAGAGAACAGCAUCUACCCUGAGGCUUGGAUCAACCUGCCGAAGCUGGAAGCUCUUGACCUGUCCCAUAACCAGAUGGCAGUGGUGCCCACGGAUCUGCCCAGGGCCUUGCGCCAACUCUCUCUGCAGCACAAUCACAUUCACUCCAUUCCUCCAUACUCAUUGAGUCACAUCCGCCCAGGCUUACAGUCCCUGCGCCUCUCCCACAACCUGUUAGAAGAGCACGGGGUGCUGGGGAAGUCAUUUCGUGGUGUUUAUCAAACACUGGUGGAGUUGCUCAUGGACAACAACAGGUUUGAGAGGGUGCCCCACAAUAUGCGGCACUUCAAGAACCUCCAGCUACUGCGUCUAGACCACAACCGUAUAAGCUCUGUCCCAGUGAAAUCGAUCUGUAAGGUUAAGAGGACGGAGGAAUCGCACCUGAAAACUGUCCAUUUAGAGUACAACUACAUCAAUGUGAAGAAAAUCCCUCGUGCUGCUUUCUCCUGCAUUCGGGACCCUAGUAAGAUCAUAUUGGAGCCUCAAACACAGAGCUAGAGAACAUCACCCUGUCACUUCACGGCCUCCCCUCUGCUCCACCUGUCAGUCACUCCCAGGUUAAAUACUGUAAACACCAUGGCCAUUAGAUCCUUUAAUAAUGUGCACGCUUGCUCUUGAAAUGCACAUUUGGAUCAUGUUCAGCAACUUGUAGCAUAAAAUACAUGAUUUUGUUUCUUCUUGUAUGUAAUAAACAUUCUUCUUGUAAGUUAAUGUCACAAGUGGGCUCAGAAACUCCCUGGCUCAGACAGUUAUUAAUGGCUUUCUUACACAAUAUUCAUUUAUUGGUGCAUUUGCAAUGAUUUUAUUAUUUUAUUACUUUAUAUUUAUAAUUUUAUUGUAUUAUUUUAUGUCUUUAUAUUCUGAUGUGACAUUAAAACAAUUUCAUGUAUAAUACUUUAA